UUGGAUGUCUGAAACCUCAACGUGUAUUAAAGAGUAUAAGAGAAGCUAUAAAUCUUUCUAUUGUUAAAGUUCGCGUUAAUAGCGAGAAGUGGUCGUAUCGACUGCUCUAUCCAUUGCUUUCUCGUGUUUUAUUGUUUGUUUUUUUUGUUUUUUUUUCUUUGUUGACGUGCUCACGCUCUGCUUUUGCAGGUGAAAAGUUUCCAACUUGUGGGGGAAAAAAAAAAAAAUGUCCGAAGUUGUGCUGUAUUACUUCGAUGGAAGAGGACAGAUGGAGUCCAUCAGGUGGCUCUUGGCUGUGGCCGGAGUCGAGUUUGAUGAGGUGCUUCUCAAGACCAGGGAGGAGUUUGAAAAACUCUUGAAGGAUGGGUCCCUCAUGUUUCAGCAAGUUCCCUUGGUCGAAAUGGAUGGGAUGAAGCUCGUUCAGACCAAGGCGAUUCUCAACUACAUAGCGGGGAAAUACAAUCUGUACGGAAAGGAUCUUCAAGAAAGAGUCAAGAUAGAUAUGUAUGCUGAAGGGACAAGGGACUUGAUGGACAUGAUCAAGAUCCUGCCCUUCGUUUCACCGGAUGAGAAGACGACUAAACUGGAGCUCAUCCAGAGCAAGGCCUUAGAACGCUACUUCCCUGUCUACGAAAAGGCCCUUUCAGGUUCCCAGUACCUCGUGGGUGAUCACUUAAGCUGUGCUGAUGUUCACCUGCUGGAAGCAACUUUGAUGGUGGAGGAGAAGUUCCCUUCCAUACUCUCCAGCUUCCCAAAUCUACAGGCAUUUCAGGCAAGAAUGAAAACCAUUCCUGCCAUCAGCAAGUUCCUGCAGCCUGGCAGCAAGAGGAAGCCUCCGCCUGAUGACAUUUAUGUGAAAACUGUGAAAGAAGUGCUCAGGUUCUGAGCUUCUCUAUGAAUGUAGGUUGAGGAUGAUGGCAGAAAAGUCAGCAUGUUGCACAAACAUCAGACUCACACAGGAGUCUGUAAGAUGAUCAUUUCAAGAACUGGAAAUGUAAGCUCCUUCAUUCCUGAUAUGUGAAGAGUUCCUCAUAACCCCCAAACUUAUUUUGUGUAAAACACUAGAAAUGUGUGGUGGGUUGUAAAAAAGAGAAAUUGUAGAAACUAACAAAAUAAAUGUUACUAUGAAAUCAAAAUGCCUCAUUUAAAUUAGGUUAAAUAUACUUGAAGCAAACAGUGAUUGUGUCCAAAAGUAUGAAUGAAACUCCUUCCUGCAUCAUAC